CUCCUUCACCUGUGACUGCAACAAAGGAUACAAACUGAACAACGACAAGAGGACCUGCUCAAUGAUCGACUACUGUUCGUUUGGGAACCACAGUUGCGAUCACGAGUGUGUGAGCGUGCUCAAUGGCUAUCGCUGUCGCUGUAACGAGGGAUACAGGCUGCUGGAGGACGGCAAGACCUGCCAGGCCAUUGACCUGUGCGCUGAGGGGAAGCACGACUGUGAACAGAUCUGCAUCAGCGCCGCCGGGCGCCUACACCUGCGACUGCAACAAAGGAUACACGCUCAAUGAGGACGAGAAGACCUGCACACCCAUUGACCUGUGCGCUGAGGAAAGCACGACUGUGAGCAGAUCUGUGUCAGCGCGCGGGCGCCUUCACCUGCGA